AUGGCCACCGCAACCUUCCAAACCAAGGCGACCAUCACCUCCUUCGGGGGCCAGCUCCUCAAGCUCUCCCACAAGUCAAACUCCACCGGCACCGACAUGGCCGUGAACCUCUACCUGCCCCCGCAGGCAACCACCCGCGCCGUCCCCGUCCUCUUCUAUCUCUCGGGCCUGACCUGCACCCCGGACAACUGCACCGAAAAGGGCUUCUUCCAAUCCCAGGCCUCCGCCCGCGGCCUCGCCGUCGUCUACCCAGACACCUCCCCGCGCGGCCUCGACCUCGCCGGCGAGCGCGAUUCCUGGGACUUUGGCGAGGCGGCCUCCUUCUACGUCGACGCCACCCGCGAGCCCUUCCGCCAAAACUACAAAAUGGAGACCUACAUCACAAAGGAGCUCCCCGAGCUGCUCUUCCGCGAGUUCGCAGGCAAGCUCGACCGCUCCCGCAUCUCCAUCACGGGUCACUCCAUGGGCGGCCACGGCGCGCUGUCGCUCUACCUCCGCCACCCGGGCAUGUACCGCUCCGUCAGCGCCUUCGCCCCCAUCGCCAACCCGUCAAAGUGCCCCUGGGGCGAGAAGGCCUUCACGGGAUACCUCGGCGACGACCGCGCCGAGUGGGCCAAGCACGACUCCACCGAGCUCGUCAAGAACUGGAGCUACGGUCCCCUGAACGCCCUCAUUGAUGUCAGAUACCAGGGCCUCGGUGACAACUUCUACAUCCAGAAGCAACUGCUGCCCGAGAACUUUGAAAAGGUCGUCAAGGAGAAGAACCUCCAGGGUCUGAGCCUGAGAUACCACUACGGAUACGACCACUCCUACUUCUUCAUGGCCUCCUUCGCCAAGGACCACGUAGACCACGCUGCCAAGCACCUGGGUCUCGGCUCCGCGGAGCACGCAGUGAGGGAGGGAAAGGAACCAAAGGUCAAGCCGGGUCGGAAUACCAAAGAUGUCGAGAGGACAAAGAGACGUUGCGUGCGCGCAGUCGACAUGUAG